CUCGUGACCUAUGCGAAUGAUAUCUGGUACGGGGUACUCUACCAUAAAUGAGCGAGAUGAAUCCAAUUCAAUCUGGAAGUACUAGCAUAAUGUAUUGUUUGCCUUCCGAAGCAUCAAUUCACCGUGGGUGAAAGACUGACAUGGUGAUCCACUCUGUUUGUUAGCGCCACGUGAUCUGUAAGCAACGACCUCUAAGUAAUCUACACCCCCGCUCAGCCUGAGCACCACUCGGCGGCACUGGCUCUCGAAACGCAAUCUCAAUCUUGACCUUCACGAUCGCCCCUCGACUAGGAUCGUCAAGAAAUGUUCGUUCACCUCCCAUCUUUCACCAGCUGGGCUGUAUCGCCAUCUUCGUACAUUACCAAUGACACCCGAGCUUCCUGAGGUGCCGGCCGUGAAGGCAAUGAUAAGUCGCCUAGCAAGCCAAAUGGGAUCCACGGACAAUGAUGACAACAACGAGGCUGGCCUAGGUUCGCAAUCCUCUGUCAGGACACCGCAUAGAUCGCCGAAUUCGAAGGGUCGCUCACUCAGCGACUCCACGCCCCAACUGUCUCCAUCACCUAAAUUCCGUGAACCGCCGCACAUCUCCAAAGACGACCACCAUGCCAUACCGCCCCGGACUCCCCGUCGACCAGAGCUACUCUCACGCGGCCUCUCGCUCCAGAUGCCUCCUCAAGAAAUGCCCAUUGCGAAUUCGGUAGCACAUUUUGCGGCUCGCGUUCCUCUAUCUCCUCAGCUCGAUGCCCACAACACGUAUGCCUCUCCUGCUUCACUGCUCCCACGACGCUCGCGAGGCGCCGAAUUCUCAAGAGCAUGCACCAAUUUGCACCACUCCACGCUUGUGGAUCAAUCCUCCCCCGAUUCAUCGCCGACCAUUACCCAGAAAGGCAUGAUGAUACCAAGAAAGCCUCGAACGAACUCGAUGAUACUCGAUUCACCCAACAUCAAUCACUCUACAUGGGGCAUGGGCAACGGCGAUAGAACAGCAGCGUCCAGCUCUCUAGGAAGCAUCAACAUGCUCGGUUCAGACGACUCUAGUUCUAGCUCCGAUGAGGGCGACCCGAUGGACCCCGAUUUCAACGAUGACCCAAUGUUGAUGACCCCACAAGCCAUGAAAUCGCACAAUACGCCCUUUGGAGGCCUCCCCAUUGGAGCUAACCCAGGCGGCUGGUCGAACAUGUUCUCACCGAGCGGUCCUCCAACUUUCAUGAGCAUACAGCGUGCCCGACUACGGAAAGGCCGCAGCCGCAAGAGCUCCAGUUCCGCCAGCGGACAUAGCUCGCUAGCAAGCCCCGGACCUGCAUCGCCCCCCAAUGGAAAUGGGAAGGGAGAGGGCUAUUUCAACCGAGAAGCAGUGAUGCGCAAGCCAGGGUCUCGCAGAGAGAGCUUAUCACUAUUCGCAAACGAUCUCCACAUAUCUUCAGGGAACGACAGUGGGGAUGAAGCCGUUGUCGUACCCCAAACACCCGGUGUUGUACGAAGGCCUGUCACUCGAAGGGGAAACCUACUACCAAAAUCCAGGCAAUUCGGCCGCAUAAAGGCGGAGCUUAUCGAAGAGUCGGCUCCCAUCGACAGUGAGUUCCGUCGCGAAGCCGAGAUCAUUCGCCAGGUGCGAGAGAGCGACGUAGACUUAGAUCGACCAUCAAACACAACGCAUUCGUCACCCAAUCUAUUACCUACCGUGCCGGGUCUUGACGGCCCAUUGGAGGGCGUUCCAGAAGAGGAGAGCGAAAGCAGUAUGAGUCUUGAUGGUUCAGCCACCAAAGGCCUCUUUGCAGCAUUCAAUGUCAAUGUUGCACGAAACGCUAACGGACGGGGAUCCUGGCAUCACGUUUUGGCGCAAACACCACCUCCUCCUUCCUUUCCUCGUGCGGGCUCUUCCGCCAUUAGCGAGGAUAUAAACAUGGACUCACCAUCAACAUCGAUAUCACAACCCUCUACUAAUGCUAUGGCUGCGCCAGAGUCUAAUAGUCAUAACGGCUGGGCGUCUCGCUCCUCGACUCCACAACCUGUGGCACCCAUCUCUGCUGCAGACGGUUUGAAAAAGUCAAACAAGCGGCGUCGUGAUGAUGAUCUUGAUGGCAACUCAAUCAAGCGCCGGGCAGUGUCUCCUGGAGUAAGCGUCCAGAACAGUCCUGUAUUGUCGCAAUCUCCUGCACAAAGGGAUAGCGGAGUUUGGCAAUCGGCACCCAAGGCUAACCGUGAAAACACCGCGACGUCUGGCCACGCUGCGGGAGAAAGGUCGAACAGUGGCGGAAGUGUUAGCAUGACACCGCUACUUGGCCCCAAGAGGGUUGGACUGCAGGGUAUGACCGAUGCUAACGAUGGCUUCAUGAAGAUGAGCAUCGAGUAGCUGCGUAU